UAAUGUUUCCAAAUCAAUGCUGCUCUUUAAGGAAAGCAAAGCAAACGUUAAGCUUGGUGAUUAAUAGACAGCCAAAUAUUUAAUCCGUGGUAUCUGUUUUUGCUCUAGGAAUCAAAGUUUAGGCCUUUCUGCAAAUCUCAUCUGAAUUUGGUGCCACAUUGAAUUAAGACUGAGAUGGCGGAUUCAUUUGGGACGCCUGAGACUGAUAUAACAUCGCUAACCGAAGCACUGAAGUCUCAGCAACACCUUCUGCAGAAGCUUUAUGCUGAUCUUGACCAGGAAAGAGAAGCUUCAUCUACUGCAGCUGAUGAAGCUCUAUCAAUGAUACUGCGUCUGCAAGGUGAGAAGUCUGCUGUGAAGAUGGAGGCCAAUCAAUACAAGAGACUGGCUGAGGAAAAGAUCUGUCAUGCUGAGGAAGCUCUUGCGAUUUUCGAGGAUCUUAUUUAUCAGAAGGAAAUGGAAAUUGCUUCUUUGGAGUUUCAGCUUCAGGCUUAUAGGUACAAACUCUUGAGCUUGGGUGUCAGUACUGAAUUAGGCAUCACCGAAAAUGUGUAUCCGGAAAACUUGUUGCAGCAAAGAGGUGAUUCUGGGGAAGCUGGUGGUGUUAGUGGGACAAUUAGAAGAAUCAACUCUCUGCCUCCACUUGAGCUCAAGGAUUUCCUCAACAAGAAAUGCUCUAUGGAAAGAGAGAGUGAAUAUUUACCUAAAGAAAAACCUAUGAUACCAAAGCCGGAGUCUGCUAUGAAAAAAGGAGACAAAAAGGUGGACAAGGAAGUUACUUUCCAGGGCCUUGAUGCAGAUAAGAAAUCGAGAAGUGCUUCCAGUGGUAACCUUAAUUCGAUAUGGGAUCAGAUUAAGAAGUUAGACGACCGAGUGAAAGAGAUAUCAGAUUGUAAAGAUUCUGGUGGUAGAGGAAAGUCUCUGGUUUUGAAGGGUCCAUCUAGGACAUGUUCAUUACAUCCAAUUCCGAAAGUAACCACAACCACAUCCCAUGAUACAGAAAGUGAAGAUAUUAUUGCUACCCUUGAUCAUGUUAACAGUAACGAGAAUGUGCAGGAAAGGGAGGCAAUUACUAGUACUUCAUGCUCAACUGGCGUCCAUGAUGUUUUUGAAGUUCCACAGAGCUAUGAAUGCAGUCCUAAAACUUUGGACAGUCCUAGCACAUUUGACAGUCCUAAAGCUUUUGGAGGUGAGAAGAAAGAAUUUACUGGCAAAGAUGAUUUGAUAUGUGAUGAGAUUAGUGAAGUGCAUGUUCAAGAUGAGACAGAGAGAGUCAAGAAAAUGUUUCAUGGCAAAUUGCUGGAGAACAGAAUGCUGAGUCGAACGACCACUGUGGACUCAACUGCAAGGGAGAGAGUGGCUGCUGCGGUUACUGAGAAUCAAGCCAGAUUUCAACAGUUGUGGAGGAGAAUAGAGCGGCUUGAGGGGGAGAGAAGUUGUCUAAGGACUGAAAUAAGUCAUACAGGAGAAGAGGAGUUGAGGUUGUUCAGGGAUAUACGCGAGCAACUUACCUUAAUUCGGUCUGAAAUACAUGGUUGGAAGCCUAAGCAACCUCCUCCACAGGAUGACGAGCCCUUACACAUUAUUCAAGAGGUAUGA